AUGCAGAUCAUGCAAAGAAGACAGCGAGAGCAAGUGAAAAUAACGACGACCCACACCACGAAAACUCGUGAGCAACUUCAAGAUGGACCAGCUGACUGCUACCUUGCUGCCCUAUGUUUGGAUCCUCACUAUGUGCGCAGUGCGAUCCUUCAUAAUCCGCUCUCUCUCAAAAUCAAGCCCCGUCGAAUCUCUGAGUUAGGUUCAGCAUCGGACGAAGAUGUCCUCAAGUCACCUACCUAUCAACGCGUUACCAAGUACCUCAAAGUCGUGCUCGAAGCUGAAUUCAAGUCUCAGCAUAACCCAGUCCUCAAGGGUAAAACAGCGACAUUUGUCCGGGAAUCAUUCGUCCGUCAAUUUGAGCGCUACGUGAAAGGACAGUAUCCUUUCGAUACACCUUUGGAGGAAGGGCAGAACACGCUCUCAUACUGGAUUCAUUUAACGAAAAUUUCGGAAGGGUCCGUGCUUGCGUGCAUGGCCCAAAAGCUCUACUCGAUCAAGGCAUCCUCCAUACCAGAAGAACGUACCAUGUCUGUGUUCACGAAGAUGAACACGCCUGCAAGAAAUCGUCAACAAGUCCGCACCCUCGUUGAUAUGACGCAAAUUCGGCAGUGGCACAUGUAUGAUCCUGAGAAAAUCGCAGAAAGACGGCGGCCUGAUGUUGCAUUCUGUGACAUCGAGUCUUUAAUUUCUGCACCUACUAAGUCCCCUGUGGACCGGACAGAAAAGCAUGGAUCAACAGGGAGCUAUUCAUCCGUGGACACCGCUGACGGAGAGGAAGAGGUGCUUGAUGAAGAAUACACUUGGCUGGAUGAGGUGGUCGCAUCCGUGCAAGCUCAAGAUUCAGCCUUCGACGUUGAGGCCGAAGUGGAUAUCCAUGCACCAAUUGUGACAAGGAUCUUGUCAGAUGAACGCGAGAGUGUACCUGACCAGGAUCUAGAGAAUGAUGGCCGUAGUACUGACGGCACUAGUGACUUGGAGGAUGCGGACGCCGAGUGGGCCAACUGGUAG